GUGGGGCGGCAAGAUGGCGGCGCUCAGCGCAGGGCGGACUGCGGUCACGGGCCUCCUGCGCGCCCCGCGCGGCUUCUGCCGGCCUCUGGGCGCCUCCGCCGCGCUGCAGCAGAUCCCGCGGGCCAAGUCAGAAAAUGCAAAGUCAGAGAGCACCUUCCAGGUCACCAUGCUGCCUGGGGACGGCGUGGGCCCGGAGCUGAUGCACGCCGUCAAGGAGGUGUUCAAGGCUGCCAGCGUGCCCGUGGUCUUCGAUGAGCACCACCUGAGUGAGGUGCAGAACAUGGCCUCGGAGGAGAAGCUGGACCAGGUGGUGGACUCCAUGAAGGAGAGCAAAGUGGCCCUUAUAGGCAAGAUCCACACCCCCAUGGAGUACAAGGGAGAGCUGGCUUCUUACGACAUGAGACUGAGGCGCAAAUUGGACUUGUUUGCAAACGUCGUCCACGUGAAGAGCCUGCCGGGCUAUAAGACACGUCACAACAACCUGGACCUCGUCAUCAUCCGUGAGCAGACGGAGGGGGAGUACAGCUCUCUGGAGCACGAGAGCGCCAAGGGGGUCAUCGAGUGCCUGAAGAUCAUCACCAGGGCCAAGUCGCAGCGCAUCGCCAAGUUCGCCUUUGACUACGCCACCAAAAAGGGCCGCUCCAAGGUGACAGCUGUGCACAAAGCCAACAUCAUGAAAUUGGGUGACGGGCUCUUCCUGCAGUGCUGUGAGGAAGUGGCAGAGCUCUACCCCAAGAUCAAGUUUGACACCAUGAUAAUUGACAACUGCUGCAUGCAGCUGGUGCAGAACCCCUACCAGUUCGACGUCCUGGUGAUGCCAAACCUCUACGGGAACAUCAUCGACAACCUGGCUGCCGGUUUGGUGGGCGGUGCAGGCGUGGUGCCCGGGGAGAGCUAUAGCGCCGAGUACGCCGUCUUCGAGAUGGGCGCCCGGCACCCCUUUGCCCAGGCCGUGGGCAGGAACAUCGCCAACCCCACGGCCAUGCUGCUGUCGGCCUCCAACAUGCUGCGGCACCUCAACUUGGAAUUCCACUCCAACUUGAUCUCGGACGCGGUGAAGAAGGUGAUCAAAGUCGGAAAAGUUCGGACGCGAGACUUGGGAGGUUACUGCACCACUUCUGACUUCGUCAAGUCUGUGAUUGACAACCUGCACCCCCACUAUGGUGCCUAGGAGCCCCACUCGCCCGCGGCGAGCCCUGGGACCUCACUGCGCCCUGCAGCGGCCUCCCCCACCGUAGUUUAAAGCCCCGCAGCCAUUCCUUCUCCUGCCCUCGCCCUGGGCCUCAGGGGAGGAGGGGGCUCUCCUCUUCCCCAGCCCAGUGCCCACCCGGAGCCCCGGUGGCCGCAUCUCCCUUCUCCCCACAGCCGAGCGGUGCCAGAGGAGGUGGCAGCCCCCAGGCACAUCCCAGGCAGGCAGCUCUGCACAGCAGCGGGACCCGGGGUCCUGCCGACGUCUUUCCGUGCUCCCAGAGGCUUUAGCAAUAAAUAGGACCCCAGGGCUGAGGCCCUGCGCUGGGGGUGUGCGAGGGCA